CUUUGCAUCCUUGUCGCAGCUGGACACGAAGAUGCUGUGCCCUGUGUUUGCCGCGGUGCUGGUGGUGGGCCUGGGGCCCCUGCUGGCGGGCGCCUUCCCCCAGGCUGCCCUGAAGAAGAGCUGCCGCCUCUCCCAGUACGGAUCCCCGGCGUAUUCCGAGCUGGCGGAGGUGCUGAAGUUUAAGAAGUACUAUGAGAACAUCACGUCGAAGGACUCCAAAUGCAGCACCAGGCUCUUCAAUCGGAAGUGGACACCCAACGAGCUGUCGGUAAGGGUGAUGCCAGGGAAGGGGGACCCCCUCCACCCACCCCCCGGGGUGGCUUUCCACCAGCUCCACCGCUUCUCAGGGUCCGUAACCACCCCGCUCCUGCCCGCAGGUGCCCGACCGACUCCUCCUGGUGGAAGCCGAGCUGGACCUCACCAUCGCCGUGCUGGCACACCCCACAGUCGACAAGCUGGCCGAGAAGAGCCAGCAGCCCCUGGCCUUCUUCACCCAAGCCCGGGAGGACCUGCGAGGCUGCGUGAGUGUCCCCCUGGGUCGGGAAGUGGCCCCAGCUCGGUGGCACUGACGGGUGCCAGUGGCAGCGCCGCGGGGCAUCGCCGGUCCUUACCCGCACGCUCCCCUUGCAGGUGGCCGCUGAGGCUCCUUCGCAUCAGCCCUCUGGGAAGCUGAGGCACUGGCUGCAGAAGCUGGAGACGGCCAA